AUGUCUGUCCCUUCUGAUUCGCUGACUAAUGGUGACCUGCUGCUGCUGAAGCCGGGCAUGAGAGUUCCGUGCGACUUACUUCUCUUGCAAGGAACGGUUGUGCUGGACGAGCGGUCGCUGACGGGAGAGUGCUAUCCGGUGCUGAAGGGGCCCUUGCCAGUUCAUAACCAGAGCAACAACUGCAUCUCUCUGGAGCAGGAGUCUGCGCACAUGGUGUUUGCGGGAACCCUCGUGCUGGCCUCAACGGGAGGUGCCGAGACGCAGGACGGCGUGGGAACAGAAGAGUCUUUAUCCUUUCUUUUGGCAUUGGCAGCCUUGACUGGCUUGGCAGCCUCCUAUACUGCCUUCAAGUUUUACAGCAGGAACGUAUCUUUUGAGAGUGGCUUUAUGCUCAUUGCUGAUCUUUUCACGGACGCUCUACCGCCCGCACUGAGAGCGACGCUCAGCGUUUCUCUAACCUCCGCUGCUGCACGCAUUGCGUCCUCGUACGGCAUAUCAGUUCUAUCCCCCGGCCGCCUCAACACCUGCGGCUUCGUGCGCUGCGUCUGCUUUGAUAAGACGGGAACCCUUACUGAGGAGGGGGUUUCUCUCCUGGGCUGCCUGCCUGCUUGCCACUUAAACGACCAACAAAAGGCGCCUGUCCCCAAUGCAGGAGCAGAUGCGCAUGGAGAGCAUGCUCUACUGCCUCCGUACGCACUGGAGGCGUGCAGCAGCAGCAGCUGCUCCUCCUGCUGCUCCUGCCGCGUGCAUUUACUACAGUGUAUCUCUUGCUGCUCCUCUCUAGCAAAUGUUGGUGGGCGCAUAGCCGGAGAUCCUCUAGAGGCGUGCUUGCUGGCCGCCUCCGGAUGGCGCCUGCUGGACGGUGCCGCUGCUGCUGCAAGAACGGAAGUGGAGUGCCGAGGAAGUACAGCGGACGCUUUCACGCUGCUGAAGCGAAAGCUUAGGGGCGCAGCAGCUGCCAAGGCUUCGACCUUCGUCUUCCCACAGCAUCGACAAGAGGAAACGAGCAUAUCGGAGAUUGAAGAGGAUCGGUGCAUUUGCGUGUUGCGGCGAUUCCUCUUUUGCUCCGUCGAGAUGCGGAUGUCAGUUGUAGCCCUCCAGAUGGGAACGCAACAAGUAUUCAUUUACUCAAAGGGGAGCCCUGAGAGUAUAUUGCCACUUUGUAAGGGCGAAUCUGUCCUUCCUGGGACCGAGAAGCGCAUCACCACCUUUGCAGCUUCCGGAUACAGGGUGUUGGCUGCAGCAUGGCGUCCUUUAGCUCAAGGCGAAUGUUGGGAGACCUUACGCCGUCAUCAGGCCGAGCACAACCUGUACUUCUUGGGGCUUCUCAUCUUUGUGAAUGAGCUCAAGCCUGAAGCGAGGCAGACCAUUGCUGCGCUGGACGAAGCGCGGCUGGAUAUCCGAAUGCUUACGGGAGACUCCUUGCACACCGCAAUAGGCGUCGCAUCAGAAUGCGGUAUUUUGGAUAGUCAUGAAAACGCCGCUGGCCGCGCAGUCUGCCGCUGCUGCUACUCCGUAACAGCCGAAGAGACUCUUAAAAGAAAGGGAGGAGAAUCGGCGGGUGCAACCGCGUAUGACACACAGGGUACUGGCUCGCGACGUUCCUCCACCGACGAAGAACAAACGGGGCCUCAUGCGGAGCGUCUGAGGCGGCAGCAAGUACAGCAACAGUUAAAGUGCCUCCCCUCAACCCACCGAGCGCUGAUAUUGGGAGAGGUAUGUUCCCGCCAUGAAGAUGCUGUGGGACGUAGAGAGUUUCUUGUCUGGUCGCUGCUGCUGUUGCCGCGGAGGUCUGGCAGCCAGCAGCACAGAAACCCGCAGCAGAGAGAGAAGCAACAGCAAGAUAAGGCUGCAGGUGGCCUACAGCCACUGGUUUCCCUGGAUAUUCGCGUGUUACUGGCCUUGCUACCAGAUUCUCGACGCGCUGUCUUGGUCCUUACCGCUCGGGCUUUCCGCCAUCUCUCGCGCCUGCACAUGUUACUGGGGCUGCCUUUCUCGGAGCGCUGUGCGGAGAUUGUGCAGCAAGUCCUUGCAAAGCACCAGCAUCAGAUGCAGGCACUACAGCAACAUCAACAGCAGCAGCAGGAAACGGAGGAUGGGGAACACGAGAGGCACUCUACCUCUACCCGCUGUGAUGUGGGAUCUCCGUUGCUGCAGCUACUGCGCCCUUCUCUUUUUGAGCCCGAAACAGAGGAUGCGCGAAAGCAGCAGCAGCAGCAGCGGACGGCAGUUCAUGCUGAAAAGCUAAGAGAUACCGUAGAAGACUUACUCUUUCAAACCCCUCUGCUGUUGCAGUUGCUGCCGCAGCAGCAGGGGGAAGCAGACGUGGUCCAGCAGCAGCAACAACAGGCAUGCUGCAUCAACAUUCGCCCGUGGAUAAGCGCGGAAGCCGUGAGCAGGUCGCCUAGAGGGGAGGCCCUUCAACAGCAGCAAGACGAGGAACUGCUGCAGCAGGAAGCAAACGAUGCAGUGCAGCAGCACCUAGGGGAUCUGCAGCAGCAGCACCCAGGAGAAUUGCUGCUGCCAAGUGCAGCAGCACAUGCAUCCCUCUCCAGAGUAGACAGAAUGCAAGAGCUGCUGCAGCAGUCUGAAUGCCACAGGGCCGAACAAACAGAAGCAGCAGCUAGCGAAGAAAUCCCUGGUAGCACCUCCACUGUCCGCCCAGGGGCCUUUCAGCGACUCCUUACGCAAUUUAUUGGCGUAUUCAGGCCCGCACGACACAGCCGCAUUGCUCCUUCCCCGUGGAGGUCGCCUGCACUCGUUGCCACUUCUGUAAGCACGGCUGUCCGCUGCCACGACCAGCCUAGCAGCAGCAGCAAUUGGGCUAUGGCGCACAUGCGAGCCUUUACCAGCCGGCUUGCGUUGACUCGUGAGGCAUCUUUAGAGGUGUCAGAGUCUCUGCAUGAACCUCUUCUGCCGCCUAAAAAGCAGCAGCGGACAAGGCCACAGCAGACGCAUCAAGAGAUGUACCCGCAGACACAGCAGCAUCAGACACAG